AUGAAGGCGCUCCAGGUAGCGAUCGCCACUGUGGCUCUAGUAGCAAUAACCAUUCCUGCCGUGCAAGGACAAUCCUCUCGACCCCAAUUGGGAUACUUCACGUUUUUGAGGUAUCGAAACCAGGAAUGCGAGGGCCGCUACGGACAGAACGGAACUUGUGUCACCGAGAGCGAUUGUCAGUCCCGUCAGGGUAUCGACAUCGGACGAUGCGCUGAGGGUUAUGGUGUGUGCUGCCGCGUCUCGUUCACUUGCAAAAUGGUGAACAGGAAGAACGAGACCGAGUUCGUGAACCCCGGCUAUCCUAACGGAGAAACUGGCACUUCGACCUGUGACGUCACUCUCGAGAAGACUCCGGACAUUUGCCAAAUCCGUUUGGACUUCCUGGAAUUCUCGCUGGCUCAGCCCGACGAGAAGGGACUUUGUUCCCGAGACGCCUUCAUGGUCCGGAACACCGUCGGGGAGAAGUUCCCCAUCCUCUGCGGUGAAAACAGCGGCCAGCACAUUUACAUAGAUACGGGACGCCAAUCUGGGAACCCAAUCGUACUGUCGGUCGUGUCGACCGGAGCGCACUCGUUCGAGCGCAAGUGGAGGAUCAAAGUUUCUUACAUUCCUUGCGGAUCGCUCGAUAUUGUUCCGCCGGGUUGCCUGCAGAACUUCCGUUCGGCUUCUGCCAUCGUUCGGUCAUUCAACUACGGAGCUCCUCUCAGCACCAAUGUUCGUUACCUUUCUAAUCUCCGCUACGCGGUCUGUCUCCGCGUCGAAGAGAACUUCUGCUCGAUAAAAUGGGAAACCGAAAAUGAGGACUCGUUCAGCUUCGGACGUCCCUACGACAGCGCCACUUCAGGAGCGAAUUGCGAGGACGAUUUCGUCAAUAUCGAUCAGGGAUCGACCUACGGAAUGGGUCCAGGAGAAGAUCGAUUCUGCGGUGCAAGGCUGCACGAAAGAAACGUUCUUAUCUCGCACAGCAAGCCUUUCCUGCUCCGAGUGACGUCGAAUUCCGAUGCGGCCGGCAACUCUAUGGAGUCCCAGACUGGGUUCUCUUUGCGGUACACGCAAUUGCCUUGUGUCGAUUGACAAGGGGAGCUCGGUGUUGAACACACUGAAAUCGACGAGGAUGUAAACUUCUAGGUGCCGCUAGUGAUCGGCCGACGAUGAUGGCGCCGAUACAGGGACGGGUGCUACAGCCCCGAGAGUACGGUGCAUGUUCAG